UGAUAAAUUCGUGCAGUUUGGGGUAAACGGUCGAGCCAGUGAGAAGCUAAACAGAAAUGAUGUAUUCUGAUACGAUUAGAGUGGAGUUUUCUGUAUAUUUAUUUGUAAAAUGACGGCGAAUCGAUCUCAGACUAUCUAAACCGCUCACAUAUCAGACAACACUGUGGAAAUAUCAGUGAUUUCUCUCACCGAUUCUGGCAGAUUUGCCUCCACGCUAGUACAACUGGCUGAGAUUGACCACCAUGAGAACCAAAUUCAGCACAAGGUUAAUGGGUUCAGCGUUACUCAAGCCUGUAUUAAUAUGGCUAAUGCAUGGUAAUAUCGACCAUGCUAACGGCUCUGUCAUGUGGAAUAACAGAUGUCUAAGGUUGCUCUCAAUUCCCAUUUCUCUACUGUAGCCCCAAAGAGGCCCAAAACUUUAUUCCUUGGAACCUAAAAUUUACCCCCAGGAGAAGCUGGUUAAUAUUGGUCACCAUGCGUAUCAGUCUCUGCCAGGGCCUGUUAACCGGCGCCAUAAUCCUCAAUCUCCUCAUUCUCUACUAUGUGUCCCGAGCCCAACAGCAAAUGAUGGAAAAGAGGAAAGAACUUGGCAGGGGUUCCAGAAGAGCUGCCCUACCGGCCUCAGGUCUUGGGGGAGGCCUCGGAGCUCUUGUAGGAGCAGGAGGUGACGCUGGAGGGGUCGGAGUGGAGGGACACAGUCGUAGUCCACGAGUGACGGUUCUUCUCCGGGAGUUUGAAAACUUUGAGAACUAUGUUGGGGAUGUGGCUAACUCCUUCCUCCGCCAAAGACCUGAGCUUCCAUUUCUGGCUGUUGCUGAUAGUGCUCCCUACCCUCCCCUGGUGCUUCCAGAGGGGGCACGACUCCUAGUGCUCUCCCCCAGCCCAGAACAGCCCCCACAGGCCCACAGACCAGAGUUCCAUGUUCAGACUGAGUUUGUGCUGCUGGUGCCAGAUGGGGUGGAGUUGGAACAACCUAGGUCUAUAGAGAGGCUGAUUAGGGAACUGGAAGGUGAGGGUGGGGGGCCUGUGAGGGUGGUUGCUGCACCCGUGCUGACUCGAUCUGCUGUGCAGUGCCUCCACCUGCGGGUGAACCUCAGAGAGUGGACAGCCACCUACUCUCCCGCUGCAUCAGGGAGCAGUGGAAGUGUGUGCACAGCUUUACAAGGAGAUGCUGUCAUCCUCAUUCGCACUGAGGAUCUUUUUAAUCUAUCUGUGCCUCUGGGGCGGCCCCUCUUUUCCUCGCUUUUUGUCCAAACCGCCCUCAGAGGCUGGAAAGUGAAGCUGCUAGAGACCCCAUGUUUCUCUGCGAACCACCGUCCACUCUUUAGCUCCGCCCACAACCAGUGGAAGGCUGAUACACGAUUGAAGGAGGCCACAGGAAAGCUUAUGAGGAGCUUUGGUUUGAAGCGUCUCCUGAUGCCUGAUGGGAAGGAACAGUGGUACGGCUGCAGUAAAGAGACAACGCGUUGCUUUGGCACUGUGCAAGAUGACACCCCAGAUUAUCUCUAUCUAGAUCGCUGGACGCCACCUUGCUGUCUGAGAGGUCUGAGGGAAACCGCCAAGUAUGUCAUCAACAUCCUGGAGACCUCAGGUGUGCGCUACUGGCUGGAGGGCGGGACUCUGUUGGGUGCUGUCCGCCAUCAGGACAUCAUCCCCUGGGAUUACGACGUUGAUUUGGGCAUCUACCUGGAGGAUAUACCCAACUGUGAUCACUUGAAAAACCUGGACUCAGGCUCCCUUGUGGAUGCUAACGGCUAUGUGUGGGAGCGAGCUGUGGAAGGAGAUUUCUACAGAGUCCAGUACAGUGAGGCCAACCAUCUGCAUGUUGACUUAUGGCCGUUCUACGCCCGUAAUGGCGUCAUGACCAAAGACACAUGGAUCGAGCACAAACAAGACGUGGAGUUCCCAGAGCACUUCCUGCAGCCACUGGUACCCAUGACAUUUGCUGGCAUUACGGCCUUUGCUCCAAACAACCACAGAGCAUUCCUAGAGCUCAAAUUUGGAGAGGGGGUCAUUGAGAAUCCUCAGUAUCCAAAUCCUACGAAAAAAAGGCUAGAUAAAAGCAAAUUAUGAGGCAUGAUGAUAUUUGGAAAACUUUUAUAUUUCAUACUGACUUUGUUACCAAACAACAGGAUUAUUUUUCUUUUUGAGAAACCGCCCAAAGUGCUAAUGUUGAAAGUAAAUUUAAAGUCUGCACUGUGCACAUAAAGCGCACCAUUGAACUGCAAGGCUAAGACUGCACCACCAUCAUACAUAUUUUAAAGAGUCAAAAACUGCUUUCAGAACACACUGUUCUCAAUCCUUAUGUGUUGCACAGAAGAGUUUGAAGAGACUGCUGUAAAUGAGAUAACUUUGAAUUCCUGUUACAAGCUACAGUGUGCAUAACUUUGAGCAGGAUUUUAGCUUUUGUGCAGAUACUUAAAACCAAGCAGUUUCACGCAAACACACGUCCUCUUUAUCCUUAAGUGUUUCAUUAAUUUGUACUCAUUCUUGCAGUUUUGCACAAUUUAUGCCAGGAUUCAUCUUUUGUAUUCUGAUUUGGCAGCUGUAAUGUUGUGAGUACGUUUCCAUGUGGGGGAAAUGAGAAGCACUUUGUUGUUAAUUUUGUUGUCCGUUCAAGGGUGAAAUGAUGCCACAACGGACAUUGGUUUUCAGUUACAAAACAUUCAACUUUGACUGAAUGUGUACUUUAUUAUUAACCCUCUGUGCAAUUAUAUGUGUAACUACUUAGCAUCAGGAUGUAUUUAUUAAAAAAGAAUUAAAUUCAGCACCAGCUUCUCGGGGUUCGACAUGUUUCCUGUAAUGAUCUUGCUUGUGCUUGAUGUAUCAAAGUGUU